AGCUGAUCGCUGUGAACAGCGUUAGGUUAGCGGUAUUCGGGUCACAUUGCGCAAACGGUCUCACCAACGGAAAAGUUUAUAAAAACAAAUGUCCGAAUAGGUUCGCCAGCAAUAACAGCUCAGCAGUGAAAACAAAAAGCACUAAACAAACUAAAAACAGUCCAAGUGACAGCUAUAAAGCCAAACAACAAUCGGCCCUAGUGAUACAACUAGUAGGGGCUAACGUGUGAUACAAUCGUCUAAAUUUAAAGUGUGAAAAACCGAGCAAACUUUUGGCAGUCGAGUGGAAAACAAAUUCCGUUGGUGUGUGCCGAGUGCUACACAAAAAACAAAGAAACACCAAAAACCACCAGAAAUCAGGCGAUGUCAUUGGAGGAUCUUAAGUCCAAGUUGCGCCGUCAUUCGAAGUUAGUGGGCCUUGGAGGAGUGGGCCUCCUUACUGCUGCUGGUUUUCUGCUGUACGAAUCACCACAGGUGCGCAGAUUCCUUUCUCAAUAUGUCGACAAGAAAUCCCCGGAGCUGGACAAACGGCGCGCCGAAUACAUAUAUAUCAAGUAUCACAUUUACCGCGAGUCUAUGCGCAAACUGAAGCAGAAGGAGGAGGACGAAAAGAAGUGGAUAAGUGUGAUCAUCAAUCCGAUUGGAAAAUGGUGGAAGGCAGCGAAGCACUCAGUUGCCUGGAGACUGCUUAAUAUUGCCCAAACUGGCAGUCAGCCGGAACGUCUUAAGGCAGUCCAGCAGCUUAUCUGCAUGGACCACCUUAAGGACUGGGAUUUCCGACAUCUGGCGCAGAUCUGCGAUGCCCGCACAGCAGUUUCGUUGGCACGAUGCAAUGCCGACACCCGCUGGUUCAUGCCAGUCCACCGUCGCGGCUGCAUUAAGAAUCCCAAAAUGCUUCUCUCUGAACUCCACGUUAUGUUGGCCAGGCUGCGACCUAUGCCUUGCGUAGACCAUUUCUUCAGCAAAUACUUUCCCGAGCAGGAUCCCAUUGAGGACAUUCACGAAUAUUUGACCCAGGAGCAGACCAUUGUUCUUUCCACUGCUGACACGGAUUUGUUGAAGGAAAUUAUCUCUUUCCUACAUCACAUUACCAAAGACCCCGAGGCCUCCGCCAGACUUAUCCGAGAUGGAGGCCUUGUACAUCUCAUGGAGCUCCGAAAGAUAUUCAGCGACGACAACGAGACCUUAUCAACUCUCUGCAAGGUGCUGGCCAAUAUGUCUCUGGUGCCCGAUGCUGUGGAACAUUUCUUUUCUUCUGGUUGGGUAGGAGCCCUUGCCGAAUGGCAACAGUGCCCCGAUCUUCGUUUGCAGGUGAUCUCUGCAAAGACUAUGGCCAAUCUGGAUUACGAUGAUCCAAAUCAGUGCACAUAUCCACCGAAUGUCUAUCCGCUGCAUCCGCGAGUUCGCACUCGCAGGAAGCCAAAGGCAGAUAUCGUUUUUGUCCACGGUUUGCUGGGUGGAGUGUUCAUCACCUGGCGACAGCGAGAUAGGAAACCCACUGAGCUAGGUCUGUAUGGAAAGAAUGCAUUCUAUACCAGUGAAACGGAUGAUGUGUUUCUGGUGGGCGAACAAAAAAGAGUUAACGGCAGCAAACAAAAAAAGGAGCAGGGCAGGCCAUUAGUUUCCACACAAGCCGCUGAAGCCAAAAAUGGCAAUGUAAACCAAAAGACGGAAGCAAUUAAAGAUCCUGUCUUAAAGGCUAGUAAGAAAGUGGAAGAACAACGGUUGAGCAUCAGCGAUGCUGCUACCAUGGAAUUUGUGGAGACUCUGCGAAAUGAAGCCGAGUUGGACUCAGACUGGGAGGUGGUCCAUCCAGAUGUUCCGCUAAAUGCCAACGAAGAAUGCGUCGGGAAAUUCAGUGUUUGCGGAAGUGAGUGGCGCAACCAGGACACCUCUGAGGAGUACACUAAUUGCUGGCCCAUGGAAUGGUUGCCAGAUGAUUAUCCAGAUUCCAGAAUUCUUGGUAUUGAUUACACUUCAGCGGUCACAGAGUGGUCAGCGAAUUUCACGAAAUACUGCCCCUGUGAGAAGGGCCAGGGUCACAUUGAUGUAAGGGCCAGCACAUUGCUUGACAGGAUCUCAGCCUCGGAUGUGGGCAAUGAUCGUCCGAUUGUUUGGAUAGGACAUUCCAUGGGCGGCCUGCUAACCAAGUUGAUACUGCUUAAAUCCCUGGAUUCCCAGGAACCGAAAGUUCAACAGCUUGCCAAGAAUACCAAGGGCAUUGUAUUUUUGGGAACCCCACACCGAGGUUCGCCUAUUGCCAAGUGGAAGCAGCACAUGCAGAUGAUACUCUCGCCUUCAAUUGAAGUCAAGGAGAUGGAGGAGAAUUCGCCAAAACUGUUGGAGAUGCAUCGACGCUUUAUGGGCUGCCUGCAUACAUUGCUGCGUCACGUGAAGGUCGUCAGCGUCGCUGAAGGUUCGCCAACCAUGCUGACUUCCUUCAAGUUUCCUUUGCGCAUUGUCACGGAGGAGUCCUCUAAGAUAGAUUUCGGGGACUUCUAUCUUUUGAAGGAUGACCACUUGAGUCUCUCCAAACCGAUUUACAGGCAAUCAUUUCUAUAUCAGAGAUUAUUACAUGUAAUUCGCGAGGCUAUCAAGGAGAAAUCAGAUCCUAAAGAUCAGGAUACUCAGUCCCAAGUCACUCCAACUCAAGAUGCCGUACUUAUGAAUAUCGUUGCUGUAUUGCUGAAGGGAGCGAAGGGUCUGUUUGAAUCACUGCCCAGAGUGGCCCUAAAAUUUAGCACUUAGGUGUGGUUAAAAGCCCGCUACACGCCAGUACCUUAAUAGUAUCCCAAUUAGUCUAUUAAGACUUGUAAAGUAUUUCUCCAAACGGAGCUGAGCUUUAAGUGGGGGUUUUUUGCUUUUCCACACAACCCAUCACACUCAUGACCACAGAUCCUUGUAAAUACUUUCGCACUCCAUAUAGUUUCUUACAACCAAAUCCUAAUUUAUUUUUCUUGGUCUACGACUUAAGCCUUUAAAUAAAUAUAAUCGUUUUACACUAUUAAGAAUGUCUUUUUUGUUAAUGAAAUUUAAAUUGAAACUGUAAUAAAAUUUCAACAUAUACUUCAGAAUAUAUUUACUUUUAAAAACUA